GAAAUAGACAGACGGUUGGAAAAGAAGCUGAAGAUCACACAGAAGGAAAGCAGAAAGUCCAAAUCUCCUCCCAAAGUGCCGAUUGUGAUUCAGGACGACAGCCUUCCUGCAGGGCCUCCCCCCCAGAUCCGCAUCCUGAAGAGGCCGACCAGCAACGGGGUGCUGAGCAACCCCAGCUCGGCCAGCCGGCCCUCCUUCCCCGUCAAGUCCCUGGCACAGAGGGAGGCGGAGUACGCCGAGGCCAGGAAACGAAUCCUGGGCAGCGCCAGCCCCGAGGAGGAGCAGGAGAAACCCAUCCUAGAUAGGUGA